CGAGGGCGGCGGAUUCGAACGGCGGAGAGAGCGAGGGCGGCGGGAGGAAGAGGAACAGGAGCAGGAAGAAGAAGAGCGGAGGAAGAUGAGGCGCACGGCGCCCCGCAGCACUUUGCGGAAAAUAAUAAAGAAAUACAAGCCGCAGUUACGCCUGGCGGCGAACGCCGACCUGCUGGUGCAUUUGAACUUCUUACUGUUUCUCCAUCGGCUAGCAGAAGAAGCCAGGACAAAUGCUUUUGAGAACAAAAGUAAAAUAAUUAAACCCGAGCACACCAUAUCUGCCGCGAAGGUUAUUUUAAAGAAAAGCAGAGGCUAGAAAACAGACUACUGGAAUUUUAAAGCAUGUUUUUCCAUCUUGUCUUACUAACUUGAGACACUGUGAGCCAGCUUUAGCACUUGUGGAAGUAUGCAGUUUUAUUGACGUCUAUCUCCUGACUCUGAGUAUCUUGCUCUUUCUUUAAAAAAAAAAAAAUCUUACAAUGUAUAUUUUCAUACACUGCACGCAUAAUUUUAAAGCGAGUGUCACUUGUCACUUAA